AUGAGUGAUAAUUUGAUGGACAAAGUCAACUCCCUUGGCGAGCGCCUGAAAAUCGGAGGGUCCGAGGUUGGGCAGAAGAUCACAGCAGGCAUGAGCUCGAUGAGUUUCAAGAUGAAGGAAUUCUUUCAGGGCGCUAACCAAGCUGACAAGCUCGUGGAGGAAGCCACAGCCGAGACCCUUGAUGAGCCCGACUGGGCCACGAACCUCGAGCUCUGUGAUAUGAUCAACCACGACAAAAUCAAUAGUGUCGAACUAAUUAGGGGAAUAAAGAAAAGGAUCAUGCUGAAAAGCGCUAGGGUUCAGUACCUUUCUCUGGUCUUGCUCGAAACUGUUGUGAAGAAUUGCGAAAAAGCCUUUUCGGAGGUUGCUGCUGAGAGGGUACUUGAUGAGAUGGUGAAGCUGAUUGAUGACCCGCAAACUGUUGUGAAUAAUCGGAGUAAGGCUCUCAUGUUGAUCGAGUCAUGGGGGGAGUCAUCAAACGAGCUGAGAUACUUGCCCGUUUAUGAAGAGACUUAUAAGAGUUUGAAAUCGAGGGGGGUACGUUUUCCUGGACGAGAUAACGAGAGUCUGGCUCCAAUAUUUACUCCUGCAAGAUCUGUUUCGGCUCCAGAACCGAAUGCCCCACUUGCACAACAACUCCACCGCGAUAUUCCUGUGCAGACUUUUUCCCCUGAACAGACAAAGGAAGCAUUUGAUGUGGCAAAAAACAGUAUCGAGCUUCUUAAUACUGUUCUGACCUCUUCUCCUCAGCAAGAUGCUCUGCAGUAUAGUGUUGGGUGGAAAUUAGAAUUAAGAGGCCAAGCUCGAAACCCUAACGUCGAUUACUCCUUCGUCUCCUCACUCGAGAAGUUCCUGACUCAUUACAGCUCCAAAUCGCCUUCCAACGCUUUAGGCGACACCGUUCGAAGGAACGCCACUGAACGGGACGUGCAGAUAUUUGACGAUUUGAUAUCUCGAGGAGAGGAGACACGUGUUUAUGGAGACGGAAGUCCGUUUCAUUCUCCGAUUAGGGUGUAUGUGUACGAUAUGCCGUCCAAAUUCACGUACGAUUUGCUCUGGCUGUUCCACACUACGUAUAAAGAAACAGCUAAUCUCACCUCCAAUGGGAGUCCAGUUCAUAGAUUAAUUGAGCAGCAUUCAAUCGAUUACUGGUUAUGGGCGGAUUUGAUAGCACCAGAGUCAGAGAGGUUAUUGAAGAAUGUAGUGAGAGUAUACAAACAGGAGGAAGCCGACUUGUUCUACAUUCCAUUUUUCACCACAAUUAGCUUCUUCUUGUUGGAGAAACAAAAAUGCAAGGCGCUUUACAGGGAAGCCUUAAGGUGGGUUAUAGACCAACCAGCUUGGAAGAGGUCUGAGGGUAGAGAUCAUAUCUUACCAGUUCAUCAUCCGUGGUCAUUUAAAUCUGUCAGAAAGUUUAUGAAACAUGCAAUCUGGCUCCUUCCAGAUAUGGACUCAACAGGAAAUUGGUAUAAGCCUGGACAAGUUUACCUCGAGAAAGACUUAAUACUUCCAUAUGUUGCAAAUGUCGAUUUGUGUGAUGCCAAAUGUUCAUCAGAAUCCAAGAGAACUACUCUGCUAUAUUUCCGGGGAAGGCUAAAAAGAAAUGCUGGUGGGAAAAUUCGUGCCAAACUUGUCACAGAACUUAGUGGCGCCAAGGAUGUGGUCAUAGAGGAGGGUACUGCUGGAGAAGGUGGAAAAGCUACAGCCCAAGUGGGCAUGCGCAAGUCAAUCUUUUGCCUUCAUCCAGCAGGGGAUACUCCUUCAUCUGCUAGGUUGUUUGAUGCUAUUGUCAGUGGGUGCAUCCCAGUAAUAGUCAGUGACGAACUUGAGCUUCCGUUUGAAGGAAUACUUGAUUAUCGGAAGAUAGCUGUGUUCGUCUCUUCUAGUGAUGCCUUGCAGCCAGGAUGGCUCUUAUCAUAUUUAAGAACCAUUUCUCCCGCACAAAUUAGAGUGAAGCAACAGAAUUUGGCCAAGUACUCGAGGCAUUUCUUGUAUUCUCAUCCAGCGCUGCCUUUGGGUCCAGAAGACUUAGUUUGGAGAAUGAUGGCUGGUAAGUUGGUGAACGUAAAGCUCCACAUAAGAAGAUCUCAGCGGGUUGUGGAAGAUUCCAGAAGCAUCUGUACUUGUGAGUGCAGUCGUCCCAAUACAAGUACUAUUCAAGGAUUUUAG